AUGUCCUACCAAGCAUACCUCAACACUGGAGGGGUGCCCAAGGGCAAGCCAGGCUUCCAGGCUGACGUGAUCUUCGAGCCCGAGUUGUCCCGCAUCAUCCCGUACCUGCUUUUAGUCAGCGUCAUCGGGAUCUUCACGCUGACCUCACUCAGGAAGCUCAUGAUCCUGGACUGGAAGGUGUGCAAGGGAGGGAUAAGGGGGGGGGGGUGCUGGACGCAGACUGCCUAA